UAUCCAACCAUCUUCCUCCUCAUUUCCAUACGUAGGACCACAACUGUGGAGGGGAGAGAGAGAUUCCUGUGAUGCAUUUAUGGACCUUCUUCUGGGCUAGUGGGCUUCUAACCCUGUUCUGAUGUAGGUUUGAUUGCCUCAUAGUGCCAGCUAACUCCUCUCACUGGAGAGAGUUCAACCUGGAGGCUGUAGAAAUCUAUUAAUAGUAGAGCUGAGGCCACCUCAAAUCCUAGCUAAUCUUCUCCAUCAAUGCUUCACUCAGUUCUAUGUAUUAAUAUCUCCCUCACUCAUACUGUGUAGAGAGAGAGAGAGAGAGAGAGCACCUUUCUUACUUUCUGGAGGAGAGUGCAAAUGGCAAGUCAAUGGAGGACCAUCUUAAUGAUCUUAUUCAUAAGUUUGAUUGGUGUCGGUGAAUCUGCAACGGAGCAAGAGCUGGAUCGAAUAUCAGCCCUCCCUGGACAGCCGCAGGUGACAUUCUCACAGUAUUCCGGUUACAUUACCGUCGAUUCAACACACGGCCGAGCUCUCUUUUACUGGUUCACAGAAGCUACUACUGAUCCUCAAAACAAGCCUCUUGUGCUUUGGCUCAAUGGAGGUCCAGGUUGUUCCUCAAUUGCAUACGGAGCAUCAGAGGAGAUUGGUCCGUUUCGGAUUAAUAAAGAUGGUUCAUCUCUUUAUCUCAACAAGUACUCCUGGAAUAAAGAGGCAAAUAUUCUCUUCCUUGAAUCACCCGCCGGUGUGGGUUUCUCGUAUACCAAUACAAGCUCGGAGCUUAAACAUUCCGGCGACAGGCGCACCGCUCGGGAGGCUUUUCUGUUUAUGGUAAGAUGGAUGACAAGAUUUCCUCAGUACAAAUAUAGAGAUUUCUAUAUUUCUGGGGAGAGCUAUGCAGGGCAUUACGUUCCACAGUUGGCAAAGAAAAUUUACGACUACAACAAAAAUUUAUCCAAGCCCUUCAUCAACCUCAAGGGAUUCAUUGUGGGAAAUGCUGUAACAGAUAACUACUACGAUGGCAUUGGAACAGUGUCAUACUGGUGGACCCACUCGAUAAUAUCAGACAGAAGCUAUCAUUCUAUACUCUCACAGUGCAACUUCACAGAAACUAAGUACUCCUCCAAGUGCGAUAAGGCAAUUAAUUAUGCACUGAACCACGAAUUUGGUGAUAUAGAUCAGUACAGCAUCUACACACCCAUUUGUAAAGCAUCUAAGAAUACAACAAGAUCAAUCAGGCUCAAGAACACCCUCCUGCAUAGGCGGGUAUAUGGAUACGAUCCAUGUACAGAGAAUUAUGCAGAGAAAUACUAUAACAGGCCUGAUGUACAGAAGGCCAUGCAUGCCAAUGCCACGGGCAUUCCCUACAGAUGGACUGCUUGCAGUGAUUUUUUACUCAAGAACUGGAAGGAUUCUCAGUUUUCUAUGUUACCCACUUACAAGGAGCUAAUGGAAGGUGGCCUCAGGAUAUGGGUUUUCAGUGGUGACACAGAUUCAGUAGUUCCAGUAACUGCCACUAGAUUCUCCCUUAACCAUCUGAAUCUGACUGUAAAAACUCGGUGGUACCCAUGGUACUCAGGUGGCCAGGUUGGAGGAUGGACUGAGGUCUAUGAAGGGCUGACCUUUGCCACAGUUCGGGGGGCCGGCCACGAGGUUCCACUCUUCCAGCCCGAGAGGGCAUUGACUCUCUUCCGUUCAUUCUUGGCUGGUGCAGAGCUACCCAAAUCCUAGCUAAAUUGUUUCUCAUAAAAUGGGAAUGAGGAGAUUAAUAAACACUCAUAGCAGGCUAUUGCGUUAGCCUGGAAGCAUCAAAAUUAAUGGAGCUGCUUUCAGUUCUUUAAUGCAGAAUCAAUACCCAUAAAAUUUUUGGGAUUAGAGUAAGAUAAAUUAUUCAUUCAAGUUGUUUUCAAUGCUACAUUGGUAAAACAAUUUGAUUUCAUUCCUACACAAAAUGAAAGUGUAAUCAGUUCAGCCAAGAAAUGGAAUUAAUGCAAGUUCGUAUAAAUUUGAAGAUAA